ACAUAAGUACAUCUUUUUUCAUCACAAAUUAUUAAAUGUGUAUGCAAUAUUUCAACACCUACUCGUAGGAAUUUAGUGCAGCCACAUUUUUAGACGUACAUAUUUAAAUUAUUUAUUUAUUUAUUUAGAAGAGAAAUAAAUAUAAAUAAUUAUUCCACUUAUAUACAUACAUAUGUACAUGUCGGAGCGUCGUUUGAAGUAGGCGACGCAUUGGGGGCAUAUAUUAUAUAGAUUGUAAUUACGCAAAUAAGCAUAGUAACAGGACUACAGAAACUGUUAGUGAGUGAGGUCUGAUCGUAUUCUGCAAACACAGUGAAGGGAGACAGGAGCCGUUAGCUAUUUUUAGAGCAAUGAAGGGGUGCGUAUAUAAUUAGGCGCUAUGUCCUCGCAUAAUCAGUUCAAGAAGUGAUCUUGAUAGGAGCAGAACUUGCUGUGCUCGUAUAGCGGAAAUAGAAAGUGAAGUUAUUGAGUAAAGUGUAAAGUUAUUUGGAGUCAAGCAAAUUAAAUAUUAGUUUGUGUUUCGGUUAUUUAUAUAUUAAAUAAUUAAUUUACAUACAUAUUUGCAUUAAUUUUACAAAAAAGAUAAUGUUGUUGUCAUCUCUCCGAACGAGUGAGUCAGAUGGUUUGUUGUUACCAAAAAUCAAGGAUCUUUGUUGUUGUACGUGUGAGCAUUCAUCGAGGAUAUGAAGUAUUGUGAGACCUUCCGAACCACAUAAAGUGCAUAUGGGUUUGCUUCUACCAUUCAAAAGGUGUCCAUGUGUCGCAAGUGUAUGUCCAAUCCUUAUGCGUGUGAAUGUUUUUAUAUUUUUACAGGUGAUGGUAUUGGAAUAAUGUGGUUUUUGGCCUAAUGGAUUAGCAAGUUUAUAGUAGUGGUUAUAGUGUCUCCAAUCGUUUAGACAACAGAAAUAUGCUGUUUAACGAAUUUCUUAAUAUUCUUUGUGGUGAAGAAGUUUUUCUUCGAUUGUCAGCCAUUUCGUUUCCUUGAAUCCCUGUGUGUCCAGGUUACCACAUAAUUUUCAUUAUGUUAUUGUCUUGAGGAAUAAGGUUUUCUAUUUUUGUAAUCAGGUGGGAAUCGUUUGAUUGGUUAAAAAUGGCAUCUAUGACGGAUUUACUGUAAUAAUUUUCUUUUCAUUCCUAGCGGCAAAACGAACCGCUUCUAAUAUUGCAGCUGCUUUAGUUGGGCACAAUUCCGAUUUUUUUGGCGCCGCAAUGUAGGGUUAUAGGUACCGCAAAUGCUUAGUUUACGAGAUAUUCGACCUUAAAGCUCAAAAAUUCCCAAAAUUCGAAUAUUUCAACAAGCUAUUUACACACGUUUUACACACACUACGCACAUUUUCAAUUCAAAUUAAUCAUAUUAAAAAACAAAACUCAAAUUCAAAAUAUAAUAAUAUACACAUAUAUCGUCGGCCGAAGGCCGCCAACGCAAAAAGGAUUGCGACGCGUAAGUAUUUCGGUCACCUCGAUAUGAUAUAAAUUUUAUAAUAUUAUCAUAGAUUUUUACUUAUUUAUGUUUUUUAAAUAUAAAUCACAUAUUAUACGUACACAUAUGUAUAUGGAAAAAGUGUUUACAACUCAAUUAUAACUUGAAAAAUGUUGGAAAGUAUUUUUCAUUAUAGUUAAUAUAGGAAAAAAAUUCUCGCGGAAAAACAAACAAAGAAAAAUCGUUAAGAAUCCUACAUAUUUGGUGUUUAAGAAGUGGCAACGCUCGUUUUCCUCAUAAUUGUAAACAAUCUAACCUUCUCAACGAUGAGUGUGCUAAGUGAUUUUUAAAUUAAUAAAUUUAGGUAAAAUUUAACAUAAUAAAAGUGAAUUUUUAACUUGUUUUAAUGUUUAGAGUGUAUAUUUAAAUAAACCAAGUGAAAAAUGUGAAAAAAUUUAGUGAAACAGAGAAAUACUAUUACAUAUUUUGUUGAUAACAAUUAAAAAUUAUUUAAAAAAUAAAUAUUGUUUGAACAACUUCGUGAUCAGCUGUUUUUGUUUUUUGUUCCAUUAAAUGUACCGCCGCUAAGCUCAAGUUUGACGGCGUGAUUAAUAGCGUUCAGCGUCUAUUGUUCGAAAAUUAUCAGUGGCCAUUCGAAUUUACAACAGCUGUGCCAUAAUUUCGAACAUAACAUUGCCAUUUUCGUUGAAGUGAAGUGAUUGUAAAGUUUUUCAUAUUUUUAUAAAAAUAACAAAAAAACCAAUUUCCCUUAUUGAUUAACUAAAGAACAUCAAUAAUUACGUGUAUAUAACUUAUAGAAAGUAUAAUUUUAACAUCUAAAGACGUGUAAAGUGUAAAAAGGAGUUUAUCAUUUCGGGAAAUACGAUGUUUUUUGAUAAAAACAAAGAAAAUAUUGUUUUUAAAAGCACGCGCGUAGAACUAAAAACGAGUAUUUUAAGACAUUUCCCGUGAAAAUUGGUGCAAGUUUUCGGAAAAGCCGCUCUGCUGAACAUUUACCAAUAAAAUAACUGCUUUCAAACUUUAUAAUGAUGUCAAAUAACCAAUCAGUUGAUGAUAUUCCAUCCACGAGCGCUGCAGCAGUAAUGUGUCGUGAUGCUACCAUGAUACAGCAGUGGAAUAUAGUGCAAAUGAACAAAUACUUGGGCUCACAUGAAUUGUGUGUAUCAUUCGCCGAGGUAUACGGUCUGUUGCCAAAAAGCCGGCUUUGUGCCGUUCACAAAACCCAAAUGGCAUUGCGCAAACGCCACCCAGUAGGGUACUUUAAAUGCUCUAGGGGCAAUUGUAAGACAAAGUCCCUUAUUUCAAGGGCAGCGGGCACGUGGUUUGAAGGCGUCAAAUUAAGCAUUCCCCACGUGUUUUACCUCAUGUAUUGCUUUGCCCACCGCUUUACGCGGGAAGGUAUUUAUAGGGAGGAUUAUGUGAGCGUUGGAAAAAAAUUGUCAUCUGGCACUAUCUCCGACUGGUAUAGCUACUGCAGGGAAGCGGUAGUUAUAUUUCAGUUAGACCACCAAGAAGUCAAAGGGAAGAUUGGUGGUCCAGGUAAGGUGGUGCAGAUUGACGAAAGUAAAUUCGAGAAACGCAAAUACAACAAAGGUAAUAAUAAUAAUUUAUAUAUAAUGCAAUUAUGUUUAUUCAAAUACUUUUCUUUUUUUUCAGGAAGACGCGUAGAAGGGCAUUGGGUGCUGGGAAUGAUAGAGGAUGGCAGUGAGGACCUCAGACUGGAGGUCUGCCCUGACAAUGUACGUUCCGCUGAGGUCCUCAUCCCUCUUAUUCGUAAGCAUGUACACGAAGGAACAACCAUAAGGACCGAUUUUUGGCGCGCAUAUGAAUGCCUCCCUGAGUAUGGUUACAUCCAUGAAAAGGUUAACCAUAGUGACCCUGGCAAUCCAUUGAUCGCCGAGGAUGGCACACGCUCCCAAAGAAUCGAAUCUCAUUGGCGUGUAGUGAAGAGAUUUUUUUAUAAGGAUAAUUAUAAUAAUCCGGCAAACUUUGCUGAUCUAAUAGUAGAAUUUUUAUGGAGGCGGGAAAUACGGAAAAAAAAGACAGACCCAUUUAUUUCGUUACUGGGUGUUAUUAAAUAUGUGUAUAACACGAAAUAAAAAAAACUCCAUACAAAUGAAAACCCAAUUUUAUUAUUUAGGGGGUCUUGUAUAAAUGGUUGGUUGGGUUAUCUAAAAUUUACCCGUACUUUUUUGUAUGUCAAUUUAUUGACAAUUUUUUUGUUAAAAAAAAGUUAACAUAUUACUACAACUCCACGAAUUCGCAAAAAUUGAUGUAACGCUAAAAAUGUACGUACUUUUACCGGGUCUUAUUAAGGUAAGAUCUCAUGUUUUGUUUUCCGAUAGCACAAGUUUUUUCAAAUCUCAUUUCAUAGUUAACAUCAAAUAUCUUUUAAUAUAUUGUAUAUAGUUUCGGCUAGUCGUGACUGCUGCGUAUUUUGGAUUGCUUCAUAAGUUUAUAAAUAA